AUGCUGGGAAUCCCUUACCGCCGAAUCCCUGUCCUUGCGAUAGGGAACGAUAUGUACUGCGACAGCAACAUGAUCGCAGUGGCUCUCGAGCGCCGUUUCCCCGCCACUGAAGGAUACGGAACCUUGUUUCCCCCGCGAACGGGGAUGAACAAAGUGGAUAAGGGCAUAAUGAAGGCGCUAUCCGUGUUUUUCAUUGACAACACCCUCUUUCAUGAAGCAACGGACCAUAUACCAUACGAGCAGCUCACCCCUGACUUCAUCGUGGACAGAAGUUCCUUCCGCGGGCACUAUAUUGACGUUCCCGCUAUUGCAGCACGGCGGGAAGAGGUGAAGAGUACUCUCUCGUCUUGUCUGGAUCUUCUUGAAAGCCUCCAGAAGGAAAAUGCCGCGCCGUUUAGAUCCAUUACUGGACAGGAAGCCGCCGAAAUCAUCAAGUCGUCGCAACCGGAGGAUAUAGACAUCAUCGGCUUCGACAGCGUUGAGGCGAACCGGUUAAACGUCGCCAAAGGAGCAUCAGUGGCCGUCAUGCCACGAGACUAUGACCGAGAGUUCGAGGCUACCAUACAAAGGCCCAGAGUCGCCCGUCUCGGACGCGUUAUUAAGUAUUUGUUGUUUCAGCUUGGGGGUCCAAGUCUGCUGGCGUACCUGCACAUUUCACCCCCAUAUCCUGCGGACGGUGUUGUCGCCGCACACAGCCAGAGUCGCGGCGACUCUCCGCCGAGUUGGGUCACAUCCCCUUCGAGUCCAUUCUCCCAAGCGCCGGGCUAUUUUCAGGCGCCCUUUGCCUUUGCCUCACAAGCUGCGUUUGGCUAUCCAUCACCGCCACUGCCAAUCGGAGCAUCUUACGGCGCUUAUAGUCCAUAUGGACACGAACAAGGGACUCGAGCUCUUGUGUCGACCACGCAGAGAACAGUUGUCACCACCAUGCACACGCACCAUCACUACAGUAAUCAUCAUGUUCAUGUGCAUCGCGUGAAACAGUCUCAUAGUAAUGGCAACGAGAAAUCGUAUCAAGCCAAGACGCAGCCUACUCAGAAAUUGCAGUCGAAUGGCGCUCAGUCCCGGCAACCCAAGUCCAAGCCGAAAUUCUCCAAAUGCACAGGAAGAAAGAAGGCGCUUUGUAUUGGGAUCAAUUACAAAGGCCAACACAACGAACUUCAUGGCUGUGUAAAUGACGCUAGGAAUGUGCAGCGCUUCCUUAUCAAACACUAUAACUACCGAGAGGAGAAUAUCUUUCUGCUCACGGAUGAUACACCCAACCUCCACCAUCAGCCCACGCGAGCAAAUAUAAUUGACGCAAUGCGCUGGCUUGUACGCGAUGCUCAGCCGCAUGACUCCCUUUUUCUCCACUACUCGGGACAUGGUGGGCAGACGAAAGAUCUCGACGGCGAUGAGGUUGACGGCCUAGACGAGGUUAUCUUCCCGGUUGACUACAAAUGGACGGGUCAUAUCGUGGACGACGUGAAGCCGCUACCACGGGGCUGUCGUCUCACGGCUAUCUUCGACUCAUGUCACUCUGGAUCUGCACUUGAUCUACCUUAUGUUUACCAUACGAAUGGUCGACAGAAGGGACACAGCGAAGUCACUCCGAGCCAUGUGAAGGAGAAGUACACCGAGGCGGACGUCGUCUCCUGGAGUGGCUGCUUGGAUUCUCAGACUAGUGCCGAUACGUGGGAAGCAGGCGCCGCGGUCGGUGCCAUGAGCUAUGCCAUUAUGAAGUCCUUAACGGACAAGCCCAACCAGACAUAUCAACAGCUUCUAGUGUCUAUCAGGGCCAUCCUCAAGAAGAAUUACAGUCAGAAGCCACAACUAUCCUCGUCUCAUCAUAUCGAUACAACCCGCAAAUUUAUCAUGUAACGCUGUGUUCAUCACGUCUUUGUGUUGUCUUCCUAUCGCUUUGAUUUCGCUAUGACGACGCUCCAACUAUGUACAGACCGCAUUGUUAUGGCAAGCAAUUCUAACGACUCAUAUAAGUAUCCGUGUUGCAAUAACGAUGUACAGUAUCUAUCGAAUACACUAGUGUUCCUGUUGGGUUAUAAU